AUGAAGAUAGUUGUAGUGUUUCUUGCUCUUGUGGCCCUGUCCGAGUGCCUGCACAAGAUCCCCCUGAUUAGGGGGAAGACAGCAAGACAGACCCUGAAAGAAAAGGGACUAUGGAAGGAAUUCAGAAAGAGACAUCCCUACAACCCCAUGGUUAAGUUUGAUACCGAGUUUGCUGUUGGGAAUGAGCCAAUGACCAACGAUGCAGAUCUCUCCUACUAUGGUGUCAUCUCCAUUGGAACUCCACCUCAGUCCUUCCAAGUCCUCCUUGACACAGGCUCCUCCAACCUCUGGGUGCCGUCUGUCUACUGCUCCAGCCCGGCUUGCAGCAACCAUGCUAGAUUCAACCCUCAGCAGUCCUCCACUUUUGAGGUCACCAAUGAGUCUCUGUCCAUCCAGUAUGGAACUGGGAGCAUGACUGGGGUUCUGGGAUAUGACACUGUCCAGGUGGGUGGACUCUACGUUACCAACCAGAUAUUUGGUCUGAGUGAGACAGAGGCUACUUUCAUGCAGUACAUGCAAGCUGAUGGAAUCCUUGGUCUAGCCUUCCCUUCUAUCUCCUCAUCUGGUGCCACCCCAGUCUUUGACAACAUGAUGAGUGAGGGCCUUGUUUCUCAGAACCUCUUCUCUGUCUACCUGAGCAGUGACUCUGAAAAUGGUAGUCUUGUCAUCUUUGGUGGGAUUGAUUCCUCGUAUUAUACCGGCAACAUCACCUGGAUUCCACUGUCUGCUGAAACAUACUGGCAGAUUACCAUGGAUAGCAUGACCAUAAAUGGAACCACUGUUGCAUGUUCUGGAGGCUGCCAAGCAGUUGUGGACACAGGCACCUCGCUCAUUGUUGGGCCAAGCAGUGACAUCCAAAACCUCAACUCGUGGGUAGGAGCAUCUGUGGACCAAUACGGAGAUGUAGUUGUGAGCUGCAACAACAUCCAGAGUAUGCCUGAUGUGACCUUCACCCUUAAUGGAAAUUCUUUCAUAAUCCCUGCCUCAGCCUACAUCUCUCAGUCAAAUGAUGAGUGCACCACUGGUUUUGGAGAUGGUGGUGAUAGCCAGCUCUGGAUUCUUGGUGAUGUCUUCAUCAGAGAGUUCUAUGUCAUCUUCAACAGAGGCAACAAUUCAGUUGGAAUUGCUGCAGCUGCAUAA